CCGGCGCCGCGGCUCCCGGGACGCGUGCAACUUGCGCGGCCGGCGCAGGGGACGGGGAGCGCGGGCCGCGCCGCCAGCAGCCCGCGGGCGAGAUCCGCUGCCGGGGCGGCGCGGCGGCGCCGCCCGCACCGCGCCAGCGGAGUUUUGCCGGCCGGCUUGUGCCUCCCCCUUCCCCGAACCUUUCUUUUUUUUUCUUUUUUUAUUCUUUUUUUUUUGUGUGCCCAGACGUGGCGGGGGCAGUCGUGGCUGCCUCGGGAAGUGGUUUCCUCUCGGCGGAGCCGCGCGGCGCGGGGAGCUGCACGGCGGCGGGGGCUGCGCCGCUGCUGCCCGCCGCGAGCUGGGAGCGCCCGGCGGCCCCGGCGCUGCCCUUCGUCCUCUGGCCGCCGCGCCGAUGCUCACGGACCAGUCCUCCUUAACACGGCUCCCGACGUGCCUAAAAAAAAAAAAAAAAAAAAAAAAAAGCCCCCCUUGGAUAAUUAAAACGACUUGCCUCUUCCUGCCUACAACUGUUGCCAACUCUGGAACAGCUGAGCUGGAAUAAAGAAAUACCCCAGAGGACUGGAGAGCCCCUGUGGAUAGAUCUAUUCUUCUUUUCAGCCCGCACCUACCUCCCUGCUAGGGAAGAAAAGGUCUGCCCUCAGCACUUUCCCAAGAAGAUACAUCGUUCAUACCAGGAUGACUACCCCCUGCUGCAGAGGAGAGCACCAACGUGGCAGCUUUCACUUCUGUUCCACCAAACGCUUCCAAGAGCAGUUUUCUCUCAGAGCUGUUCUCCUGACUGGAAAAUGUGGAGUCCUUGGAAAUGCUCAUGAAGUAAUGAAGCAAGGACCACAGCCAUCUGGAGGGAGAUGUGCCAAAGGAGUCACAGCCAUCACCCUGCAAUUUGUACAGCCUCGAUAAGAAACAUGAAGGUAACUUCUACAGAUAAAGAUCACCUUUAAAAGGGAACAUGGAUUUAAUCAACUCAACUGAACAAAACACUACAUCAGAAGAACUAUUCAAAUGGGUGACAUCCAAGAUCGUCAUUUCCAUUACCCUGUCUGUGCUUGCACUAAUGACAACUGCCAUCAAUUCUCUUGUGAUGACUGCAAUAAUUGUGACAAGAAAGCUCCACCAUCCCGCCAACUAUUUAAUCUGCUCUCUUGCCGUGACUGAUUUCCUUGUGGCAGUCCUAGUGAUGCCCUUCAGCAUCGUCUACAUUGUAAAGGAGACCUGGAUCAUGGGGCAAGUAGUGUGCGACAUUUGGCUGAGCGUGGACAUUACUUGCUGCACAUGUUCCAUCUUGCAUCUCUCUGCCAUUGCUUUGGAUCGGUACAGAGCAAUCACGGAUGCUGUGGAAUAUGCCAGGAAAAGGACACCUAAGCAUGCUGGCAUCAUGAUUGCAGUGGUAUGGAUCAUAUCCAUUUUUAUUUCCAUGCCACCUUUAUUUUGGCGGCACCAGACAACCAGCAGAGAUGACGAAUGCAUCAUCAAACACGAUCACAUUGUUUUUACCAUUUACUCUACAUUUGGCGCCUUCUACAUCCCACUGGCCUUGAUUUUGAUCCUUUAUUACAAGAUAUACAAGGCAGCAAAGACAUUUCACAGAAGGAGCAUCAGUCGGAUUGUAAGGGAGGAGGUAAAUGGACAAGUCCUUUUGGAGGCAAGUGAAAGAAGCACGAAACUUACUUCAAUGCCCAGCAUGGUAGAGAAGACAUCAGAUCCUCUGGUGGACUGUGAUAAAAUUAAUAUCACGCUACAAAGCCCCAGGUCUGAAUCUAAGCCAGAGAAGUCCUGGAAAAAACAGAGAAUCUCUAGCACAAGAGAGCGAAAGGCAGCAACUACUCUGGGUUUGAUCCUGGGGGCAUUUGUGAUCUGCUGGCUCCCUUUUUUUGUAAAAGAAGUAGUUGUUAAUACCUGUGAAAGAUGUCACAUUUCAGAAGACAUGUCUAAUUUCCUAGCAUGGCUGGGGUAUAUCAAUUCUCUUAUUAAUCCUCUAAUCUACACAAUCUUUAAUGAAGAUUUCAAAAAAGCCUUUCAGAAGCUUGUACGGUAUAGGCAAUAUCUUUAAGAGCUUUUGUUCAUAUAAGGAGAACAUACUCGUUUUUUUUUUUAACCUGUAUAAAUUUAUAUGACUGAAAUGACAUUUGUUGUAUUUAAGGAAAAGCACCAAGACUCUGCAUCUACAUUAUGACUCUUAACUUUUGUAUCAGUAGUAUUGGGAGCAAAAGUUGCCCAAGGUUUAAAGAAACAGAUCAUCUGGGAUCAGUUUUGCUCUGGAAAAGGAGGUAGUGUAUACUCGUUGAGGCCCUGAUCCAGCUGGGAUUUGCACAGCUGCCUAGCUUGAACCACACAUGUAUUUCCUUAAACAUGAAAGAAAUACUUGCACAUUUGAAGUUAUGCAGAACUAUAAGUUCUGGCAGAAUCAGAACCUAUAAAGAAGCUCAGUGUUGAAUUGCUCUUUAGACAGACCAAAGAAACAAAAAACAAGCAAUCCUUAGUCACCAAUGAAGUUCUAAGUAAAACCUUACACGUGCUUUGAUCCCUAUCACAAAUCAGAUUGAAAAUAUACCUUUGAAUUAAGACUCCAUUUUAUUAGUUCAGCACAGGCCCGCACCACAGAGCCAAGCCAUCCCCAGCCAAGAGAAAGAGCUUUGAAGGUAUCUAGUACCACCCUCUACCAAAGAGCUGAGUGCAGUCACAGCUCCGCCUUCUCCAUGGACACCUGCUCCCAUAGAGGAAGGCAUCUCUGCAGGAUGCCCUUGCAGCCUCCAGCAGCAGGCCAGGCACUCAAGGGCUUUCAGGUUUUGUAGAGAGCCAGUGUCCUGUGCCCUCUGCCAUUGCACAUCUGGAGCAGACACGGAUGUAGCCCCAAGGGAAACAGCCAUACAGCUGGAGCACCUCCCAUGGUUUGGGUGCAUGUAGUGCCUGGUGUUCCAAGGCACUGCCUCAGCAGUGACAUGACUCUAGCUUGUCAGGGCAGCUGGUCCACGUCAGUCUUUUCUCUACUGCCUCAAUUGCUAGGGCUGUGCACCCUCUUUCCAGCCAAGAAAGAAAGCAGGGACUGAGCACAGUACUGGUAGCACAGGUUCCCUGAAAAGGCCCUGCAGCAGCUUCUCCAGUAAGGGCAGAGGAAGUCAUCUCAGUCUGCAGUAUAUACCUGGGGAGGGGAUCCUGUGGGAUGCGCACUGGCUGGCACCUCCAGACCUUCCCCCAGAGCUUCUAGUCCUGUCCCCAAUGCCAGCAUUGAAAGAAGCUGGAACCCACCACUGCCAUCCCUGGCCAGCUGAUUUGGUUAUAAACAGCCACAAAGAACAAGUCCUUUGGGGGGCUGCCUGUAAGCCUCAGAGACGGCACCUUAGCCAGUCUUGAUCUGCGCACUCUGGAUGCCAAACCACAGCACUAAGACAUGGGGAAAACAGCCCUUGCCUCCAAACUAGAUGUGCACCUUUACUAACAUCUAAGGGUACUAGCAGGCCCCUGGGUGUUUACCCCCUAGUGCAGAUGAGUAACUAAGAGCCACAACAGGACCCAGGGACAUAAUACUUAAAAAAAAAUUAAUACUUUGCACCAGGGUUUUGCACUUUGCAGGAUAAAUGGAUUUAGGCUGUGUGUUUGCAUUCAUUGCCAGCCAUUCGGUGCUAUCUAACAGGCAUAGGGACUCAGGGUCCUUAUCAGAGCUACGAACUCCACUGUCAGCAGCAGCAGUCUCCUGCAAAGAGGCUCUUGUUUGGCAUAUGGGCCAGCAGCUUAGGGACAGCACAAGGAAGCUGAGAUGUCAGAUGACUGUACACACCCUUAGUUCAGGAAAGCUAUUGCUGGUCUUUGCUGUUUUUCUUCCAGAAGGCUUUCAGCUUUUUGUACUAGACAAGAAAAUCCAGAAAGAAGCCAUCACCACUGUUUCUCUCUCCACCGCUCCCCUCCCUGUACUCCAAGCUCUGGAGUUUAAUAAUUUUUGUAUUUUUCCCACUAGUUACCAGCUGACAAAACAGCUAUCAGAGGCAUUUCUUGCAACAUGAUGGGAUUUGAAACUUGAUAUAUUUAACUAACCUGUUUCUGCCACUUGAAACUUACUGUAUUCUGCUUUCACAUCAAGAUCCAAAUGAGAUAUUACUCAGGAGUACUAAAAACUGUGCUUUUGCUUUACUGUUGAUUUUAACCCAUCUGCGGAUAUAACAGAAGUCUUACUUGUCACGCAGCAUACCUCUAGCUGAGCAGUAACACAGCUAAAUCUUGAAGAUGAUAGGAUGUGGCAGAAUGGAAUUCCGCUCAUGCUCAGUGUAACCUAAAGCACUUCACCACCAUCGCAGAGUACAGCCUCUGCAGCCCCCAUGACCUCAGCAAUGGCAGUAUUAUGCUGAAAGAAAAUAAUUUUGUAAACAUCAGUACAGCUCUGCUUUCUCCAGAAAGAGCCAUGGAAUCCAGCUUUCCAACAGGACAGAUUAGCAAAAGGCAGCAAAGAAAACCCCAGUGAAACAUUUCAGUGGGAAGAUCUCUGUUUCCCACAUGCUUCCCAAAUACCGACACAUAAAAUUGGAUAUCUAUGGGAAAAUUGGAUAUCUAGGAGCAGGACUUCCUCUCUCCCACUUUUUCCUUUAUGAUGGACAAAGAGUAGAAUAUACUGCUUUCCCUCUUACAUCUAAGAAGUUUGACAAUACCUUGUGAAAGCAAAUUGGAAGGAAAAAAAUAAGGGUUGCUUUUGAGGAGAAAACAUGCUCAAGAUACUCAUAUUUAAAUAAUAAUGGAUUAGACUCAAAGAAUGAAACAAUAUGUAGAUAAACAGAAAAUAGCUGUCAUUUAUGCACUGUUAACAGUAUUACACUCUGAAUCUAAUUAAGCUGCUAAAUAUUUCUCAAGAUGCAGGGUUGUUUCUUUUGUAUCCUUUUCACUGAGCUGUAUCUGCUCAUCCUUCAACACCCCGGCAGCGGAAGACGCAACUACAAAACCCAAGCUAACAAGCAGAUAGUUAUCCUAUUAAAAGCACUUGCAGGUUGUGACCAUGA